AAUUGCAUAAUUCUCUUGACAGCUGAGUCUGGCUGAGUCGUGACUUGAGAGUAGCGGAGAUCUUAAAUCUACAAAUUUCAAUUUUAGAAAGUGAAUCCAUUCUAUUUUUAUUUCGAUUGUUCUUUUCAGAGUUCAACGCCUUAUUUCUGUCGUUAUUUAACAUUUUGCAAUUAAAAUGGAGGGAGAAUGUCACGAAUCUGGAAGGGUUCUGAUGUACCAGUGGAAAUUUAAAGAUUUGACUGAACGGUGCUCAAUCAUGACCGAAAUGGCUGAGUUUCUGGGAUUGAAAGCUUUUCGAUUUGCCCUGAAAAAAGUUGGUGGUCAAGACACAAAGACAAGGUUGUAUUUCAUUUGUACCAAUUUGCACAAGAUUGGCUAUAAAGUGGCGAAAGUAUCUGUCAAGAUCAAAGGAAAACCUGACCUAGAUGCACACAUGAACCUUUGUGAGAAUGAGCUGGAUCACCUUCAGUUAUUCGUAAAAGAAAUAAUUGAUUGUGAAUGGCAGAAGCAAGAGACAUUCACGUUCGGCGUCCACGUUAUCGAAACAUUGGAAAACUAUCGUUACCAAUUGUCAGAUAUUCUAUUUACAGAUCAGUUGUGGUUGACUGCCAAGAACAAACUCUGGACUGACAUUGAAUUUUCAGUCCAAAACCACAUUUUUUCGGCACAUCGGGCCAUUCUGGCAGCUCGAAGUCCAACAUUGUUUGGUUCAAUUGAAUCGCUGAUUGUUGGCAGUCAAAUCAAGAUCGAUCACACAGAACCCCUUGUUUUUGAAAUGUUUCUUCGAUUUCUCUAUACUGGCGUCUUUCAGGUCAACAACCACCGAAGUGUUAACGAAGAACUCCUUAAAUUGGCAGAACGUUACAAGUUGAGCACGUUGAAAUCCCUUUGCCAGUUGGCAGUUCAAGAUAUCGAUGCUAAUCAACUCACAUCAUUCGCCAUGGCCAUGAAACCAGACUUUGAAAUUUGCCCCAAGAAACCUCAGCUCAAAGAGAAGACCAAAGCUCAAUUGUUUUUCCAAAAGUACUAUACAGUCAUCGAAUGCGUUUGGCGGGUGGAAGAAUUGCCGCAAGACGAUAAGCUGUUCACUUCAGAUCAAUUGAAUUUCCGCAACGAUGGAGCGUUCCGGGCGGGACUGGCCGAUCAUCCAUCCACCAAGCACUCAACUCUCUUAUCCCCACAGCAUUUCCUUUACCUGGCCUGUUCUCACCUGGAGAAAACAGGCACAUCCAUAUCCCAUGUUGAGAGUUACAUUGACGGCGCCGAAUAUUGCCGGAUGGAGCGACGAGGUGAAAAAGCCUUAUACAUCUUUGGCCGGGAACUCUACGAUCUCGUAGCACCAAGUUCUUUCAAAUUCGACAUCCUCAUCAGAGAAAAUCUCGAAAAUUUUCGAUACCAACUGAUGGACAGUCUCCGCUCUGUUGACUACUGGAACAUGUUCCUUUUGGCCAUCCUGACCGACGCCGAGCUUCAAGUUGGGAAAAAAAUUUUCAAAGUACAUCGAGUCAUUAUCUCUUCAAGGAGUCCGGUAUUCACGGAGCUGUUCAAUACCUCAACGGUCGAAUCUGUCACGGGAAAAGUUCGAAUCGAUGAUGGCGUAAAUCCUGACGCCUUCAAAGAAUUUCUCUUCUUCUUGUACACGGGAGAGCUCAAAGUAUCAGCCAACUCCCAGUCCCUAUUGAAAUUGGCGGAAAAAUAUCAAGUUAAAUCUUUGAUUGAAAUCUGUCGUGCGGCCAUUCAAGAAAUCGACGUCGACGAAAUCUCUACUUCUUUGAUCUGGCUGUGAGUCCAAGCUUUCAUAAUUUUUAAAAUUUUAAAUAGCCUUGUGUGUAUUCUAUAUAAUGGACAUAUUCCUUGUUAAAUGAUGAGCAAGUCAAACGUGCUGUAUAUUUAUUUUAAAAGAUGCGCGCCAAAUAAAUAUUUUAUGCAGUAAAAUAUUUUUCCGCUAGAUGUCCCUCAUUAAAAAAAAACAACAAACAUUUGAUUCUCAUCCCGUAGCAGACGGCGCUGAAGCUUAGGAUAAUAACAGUCAGAUGCUGUGGCGGAGGCUGGAUGAUGGAAGUUGGGUGUGCUGUUGGGUGCGACCACCCAUAUGUGUGAGAAACGGGCAGCAUGUGAGGCUGUUCUCAGUCUAAAUAUAAUGCCAUCCAUCUCUCCCCGAAAGGAAGACCUGAGCCGCCGCUUUUCCAUCACACACACACACAAGAGUCGAUUGAUGUGGAGGAUAUUAUCCGCUCGGCUUCACUCGGUUAUUGCAUCUGCCUCCGCACACACACACACACACACCGUAUAUAAGCUUAUUGCCUCCUAUCCUCUUGCGGUACGGCAUCACACAGCAACUGGGCCAUUUUCUAUCUUUUUUCCAUCCGCAGGAAGGAAGGAAGAAGACUGAUUUGCUCGCUCGACCGUGCAGGUGCGUUUUCUCUGCUGCUGUGCAAGGAAAAGCUUUUUCUCAAUCCUCAACCAUCAGCCUCUUUGUGGAGAAAUGUGUCAACCUGCACAAGCCGUCCGCGUUUGAAGCCAAGAUGAUGGCGGUAUGCUGUCGGCAGGAGGAGGAGUGCAUCUAAACGCGUCCAAUGGUGUUAUAGAGGGGAGCGGGAGCAGCCGCUUUGUCGACGCUCCGCCCUUUCGUGUGCGCCACGCUCAGACACUGGCACAUGUUAGAUCACACACACACAACCACUUUGUCCGAUCCCUCAUCACUUUUGUGCCGUGGCAGCUCGCCGCUGUGUCUCAGUCGUCGCCCAGCUGUCUGCCAGGAUCGCAUCGACUUGUCGCUCUGCUUAAUACCCAAAUAAUCAGUUAAUUUAUUACAAUAAUAAGUGCUGGAACGCAUUCAAAACAGAAUGACCAUGGACACGACGAUGGAGAGCGGCCGUGAAUCCAACAGCAUCCCGAAGAAUCAGACGACGCCUAAACGCAGUUUCGACGUGGCAUUUUUGACGGGCGUCAGUGAAAGUCAUCGCUACCACAACAACAAUCAAGUCAGUUCGGACGAAGACGAUCAGGAAGAAGAUUUGAGAUGUGCCGCCAAGAAAUCCAUCGAAGAUAAACCAACGAUCCACAGCAAAUUGCAGCAGCAGCAGCAAACGUCGGUCGUGAGCGGAUCGCCGAAAAGCGCGUUCAAAAAAGUGAGCAAAAUCAACCACAACAACAACAACAACACGGCGGAAACGAGCGCAAGUAGCAGCAGUGCUGGCGGAAUGGGUAACAAUCUCCCGGUGGAUUUGAGCAUGAUGAUGUCGGCUGCUGCAGCGGCAGCCUCCUCCGCACCUCCCUAUUACCACCCGUUCUCAUUCCCGGCCAUUGCAACCACUUUGUCGUUGCAAUUACUGCAACAAAACAAUGCGGCCAAAGGAUUGGCCAUGUCCUUGUUCAGUCAUCCAGCUGCGGCGGCGGCUGCAGCCGCAAUGGCCGCUCAUCAGCAGUCCUUCUUCCAGCAGCAGCAGCAACAACAUCCGCCCAUGAAAUCCGGCGGUGGUGGUGGUGGCAACAAUCUUUUACAUCCGUCUAGGGCGACAGACCGGCGUCCAGAUGGAGCCAAUAAUCUCAUCGAGGAUUACCUACGAGCCCAAGCUUCGCUCUAUCAACAUCAAUCCGAGAAGGAUUUCAACCUCUUCCCGGCUAAUAACAAGACUAUGCGCCACGCUGAUUCUUCGGCAGCCACUUAUUGUCCUCCUCCGUUCCAUUCCGCGAUGGAUCAUCGGCUUUCGCGGCCUAAUUCUUCCAGCAUGGCACCUCCUCCUCCGCCACCGCCUCCGCCACCCCCAGCUGCUCCUACACCGACGACUCCGCAGUCUCAACAGCAAUCCGUUUCUUCGUCGCCAAUCCAUCAGAUUCCGGCGGCAGCUCUGGCGGCCAGUUUGGCAUCGGCGCCAUCGCAGAACGUUUGCGCAAAGUGCAACCUCAGUUUCCGCAUGACGUCCGACCUCGUCUACCACAUGAGGUCGCAGCACCGGCGUGACGCCAACACCGAUCCCGUCCGCCAAAAGCGACAGGAGAAAUUGCGAUGUCCCGUCUGCGGAGAAAAUUUCCGCGAACGGCACCACCUGACACGACACAUGACCUCGCACGAAGACCGUGAACUUGAAACCAAGUGAUUAUUUUUAUUUUAAAUUUUGGGUUUUCCUGAUUUUUCUCUGCGUUUGGUGACUACUGAUUUGUUUCGACUAUAAAUCCUUUUCUCCCUGCUAAUAUCUGUGAAAAAUUCGAUAUGUGUAUUUUCUAUUUAAGUGCUUCAUUUGUGUUUCUUCGUUUUUUUUUGUUUGAGAUUAAUUGUUGGUUUGACACACUGUAACAUAUUGGAAAAGAAAAAGUUAAUUUCUUCGAUUUUUACGUUUUUGUUUUUAUCCCUGCCAAAGACAUUCAUCAGAAUUAUCUCAGACGAACCGGGUUUGCAUGCAUUUUUUAAAAACUUAUUUAUUGGCCUCUCUAUUAUUGACAAUUGUGCACCUAAUUGAAUAACCCAAAUCACGAUUGUGUCUAAAUAUAGUCAAUUCAAACUUUAUCCUUAAUAACUUGUUGUUGGUGUGUAUUCAUUCCGUGAAAUUGGUAAUAUACAUACUACAUCUAAAAUAA